UACCUGUUGGUUGUACCUUGCAGCUGCGGGGAAUAGCAGAGGCCAUUUUAAUAUUGUAGAAGGUUGUAAUGCUUUUCAUGUUGUUACACUGCACGUACCAAGCACCUCUGCACCUAAAGCACUAGCUUUGUCACUGAACCGAGUGAGGUAUCCGCACAGCACAAUUGAGGUGCAACUAGGCCCAUGGACACCAAAUCGACUUCAGAUGAUGAGGUUCGAACCUUGUUCGUGAGCGGCUUGCCAAUCGAUGUAAAACCUCGAGAAAUAUACCUCCUUUUCCGAGGCUUCAAGGGUUAUGAAGGAUCACUGCUUAAGCUUACAGACAAACAGGGAAAACCUUCGCCUGUUGCAUUCGUCACGUUUGAAAGCAGAGAGGAAGCAGAGGAGGCUAAAGCUUCGUUGCAGGGUGUACGAUUCGAUCCAGAUGUCUCGCAAACGCUUCGUUUGGAGUUUGCUCGCUCCAAUACCAAGGUAUCCAAGCCGGUGAACAAACAGGCUGUGUUAACUUCCGUUCCACCCUUCUUUCCUCGAGAGCCUCAGCUCAUGCAUACAGAGCUUGCUGCAGCAGGAUUUCUGCCGGGACCAGAGCCGAGCAUAGCAUACCCUGCGCCAAUAUUUAGCGACAUCAUGGCAGCUACAGCUCAACACACUUUCAAUCAUCAUCCCUCCAGUAUACUGCAGCUACAAGCGUUCCCGCAGCACCAUCCCAUCAUUCCAGCACUAGCGUCGCCAACAUCUCUUCAUCACAUGGCCAGUCUGGGAAAUCCUCCAUGUUCAACACUCUUUGUGGCCAACCUUGGGAAGGGAAGCUCCGAACAAGAGUUAAGAGAUCUUUUUGCUGACUUGCCGGGCUUUCGACGCUUAAAAAUGCACAGUAAAGGGAGUAGCCCCGUCUGUUUCGUGGAAUAUCAGGAUAUCUACACGGCGACUCAUGCUAUGAAUGUUCUUCGAGGCCAUAUCAUGCAGUCGUCUUCAGAAAAAGGAGGCAUAAGGAUAGAGUACGCAAAAACCAAAAUGGGCGAGGUACAUGAAUGACUCUUUGUGUCACGCCCUCGUGUGUAGGGCAGGAUUGACGGUAUGGUCGCAAUACCGAUGCAAUAUUGAGACAAUAUGGAAAAAUUAAUGUUCCAUUCCAAAAGCUGCUUCAGUGAGAAAUAAGAGAAAAAUACCAAGAAAUAAUCUAAAGCUACAGUGAUGUUUUAGAAGAUAUUUGUUAAGAAAUAGAUUGAGCUAAUUUAUUGCAGUGUUUGCCUGUAAAAAUGAACUGAAAAUCAGAUAACUAAGUAUUUAUGAAGGAAUAGGGCUUUUUGCUGGCACGAAAGGGUCUUCGGAUUUUUUUUUAGAAAUAACUGAUAUUUAUAACCCUGUUGAGCCGGCGAGAAAAAAACCGUUUUCUUCUCGUAAUCAUAAAAAAACGAAAUUCUCGCUUCUGGCAGAAAAUCUUCAGUUUGAAUGUAAAAAAGGUUAUAAGAAAAAAAGCGAGAAUUCUUUUUCUGAAAAUGUUAUAUUUCCUUCUUAUUUUUGUUUUUAUUUUUCACAAGUGGCUAUUUUUCUUAACUAGAUGGGAAUGGAAAUGUUCCCUGUUCCGAUAAAGGAAACACAAUUUUUUAACUUAUUCGAAAAGAGGUGUGAUUUGAUUUCAUCUAUUUCCAGGUUUCAAUCCAGAUUGUAAAUAUUAUUAUUAAUAUUUUACAUUAAAGUAUUGAAUGAAACCAA